GUCUAUCUGAAUGAUAAACUCAAGAAGAAAGAGGUCGAGAAGGCAGUCCAGGUGACCCGCCAAUCUCAAGUACGUUUCGGAUUCAUAGGGAAAGACAGCGAAAGCGAGCAGAUGCGGGACAAUUUUCUGCUACGCUUUCCGCCUGAGAUCCGCAAUCUCAUCACCGAGUACGUACUAAGUUUGGGUGAUGGCACUGCAGGCAAUGUCCUCAUUGCCUGUCCCCCAGGCCCACACAAACCCCUCUGUGAAGGUUUAAGUAUACUUUCUUUAUGCAAACAGCUCACCAUCGAGGCGCGCUCCAUGCUUGAAGCUCGCACUACAGCCUACAUCCCCAUCAUGGCUGACAUGAAUUUCUGCAAAUUGGUUUCCGACAUGAAUGAGAAUGGUAACGCAUCACUACCAGAGAUACAGAGUACCGUCUUUGCUGGUCUUACGUCCUUCAGGCAUGCGCAUUUUUAUCUUCACGUCAAAUAUCAUUCCUCCCUCUUCCGCCGGUACUCGGAGCCAGACCUUAGUGAGGACAUCGCUCACAUAUAUGAUGUAUUGAAACAAGCGUUCAGGAUCUGGCGAGCUGCAUCUGAGCACAACUUUGCUCAUCUCAAGGAGCAAGGGUUGAAGCGAAAGGCAAUUUUGCACCUCGAUCACCUUUUCUCUGAC